UCAAUGUUUCUUUUAGGCUAUGUGCACUUAAUGUUAAUUAUAAACACCACGAAUAUCACGACAGUACUUCUUCCUUAACUCGAUGACGGCAGUUUUACGAGGAUCACGAGAACGCAUCAGAGCAGGGGCGGUCUUUGAAAAGUUUUCAGGAAGGUGUUUGACAAAACGAAACUGUCCCAACUUUGACGGGAAGACUUUUCCAGCUCGUCUUUAAAUUGUUUAACAGGCAUUAUUUUGGGUGAAAAUGCAGAGCAGUGCUUACGGGGCGUCGUUGGCUGGCGGUGCUUUUGAUUUAGUACAUUUUGUAACACAGCCUCAAACCAUUUUGCGCUGCCUGAGCUGGUUAUUCUCCAUUGUGGUCUUUGGAACCAUUACAGCAGAAGGCUACGUGAACCCAGCAGAAGACCCCGAAACAAAAUGCAUAUUCAACAAAAACGAAAGCGCCUGUAGCUAUGGGGUCGGAAUCGGAGUCCUGGCCUUCUUGGCUUGUGUUGUCUUCCUCAUGCUGGACGCCUACUUCCCGCAGAUCAGCAAUGCCAAAGAGAGAAAAUGUAUAGUUAUAGGAGAUUUGGUCUUCUCAGCGGUUUGGACGUUCCUGUGGUUCAUCUGCUUCUGUGUCCUGGCCAACCAGUGGUCCAAAACCGGUGACCUGGAGGCUGCUAUGGCUCCUGAUGCCGCCCGGGCCAUCGUGGCCUUCUCCUUCUUCUCGAUCAUCACCUGGGGUCUCUUGUCCUUCUUUUCACUUGGAAGGUAUCGCCAAGGCGUCAGUGAAUUUGACCAGGAGUACAGAGACCCAGCCAACGACCGCAGUACUCCAUACCCGCCCGCUCCGUACGCCAGCAGCAGCGGCCCCACGGGCUACCAGCAGUCGCCUUUCUCCCACAACCAGGAGCAGCCGGGAGAAUACCAGCCUCCAGCUUAUUGAAGGACUCCGAUUCAAAUCUAUGGAUCCAACAAGGGUUUCGCUUUUUAAAUAAAUAUGUGUGCCGAUGGUUUCAUUUAAACGGUUCUCUGCACUUGCAUUUACUUCCUGCAGAAGCGGUCUGCGUAUUUUUGGGUGCACUGAUGUGUUUAUAGUUAAUUACAUCGUUGUAAGUUGUGUGGUGGAUGUUUGCUGCGUUGUUCAAAGUGCCACACCGAUCAGGUGGACUCUAAACAUGUAUUUUGUUUUGUAAGGAGAUGAAUGACCGUGCCAUUGUUGUCUUUGUACCAAAGCAACUAUAGUUAUUUCUGGACCCCUUUUGUUUAUCUUAUGAGUGCAAGCGGUUGAUGUCAAAGUAAUCAACUAAUCAACAGAACAGGUCAGGAUUUACUUUGUUGCAGGAAAAUCUGCUUUGCAUUUUUUAAAACUGAAAAGAUUUAUUUUUUAUGUAAUAUGUUACUGUUUAGUACAUACAUAUUUUUUGAUUACUUUCAGAUUCAUAUACUGCAGUUCAACAAUUUUGUGAUACAGUACAUUGUUUUUCAACCUCAAAACAAUCCCAUAUUAUUUAAUCAAUAGGUGCAAUGUAACUACUGUAAUGCCCUGUUUUUGUUUCUGACUAAUCAACCACUGAAAAAUGGCUUGUACGCACUGAAAAGUACAAUUCAUUUCUUUGGGGCAGUUAAUUGCCAAUAUCUGAUCUAAGAAUGUUAAUUUUAAUGUUUUAAAUCCAAUUCUGACACAAUUACUUUGUAGUAUUAGUAUUUCAGGGUGUUGUUUUAUUUUAAGGUAGCCAAACCAUUGAUUUGUAUCAGCUACCUCCCAUAGGAGUUGAAUGUGCCUUUCUUGAGUUCACUUACUGUAGUUGUUAAAAAUAUCCAAUUCAGCAAAUGUUUCAGCCAAUUUGGUUUCAGGAAUUCAGUAAUGUGGUAAAUUGAUGUAUUUAUUAUCUUACUUAAUCCUUUCAGUCCAGGUAUAUGACAAUCAUACCAUUUUUUUUUCAACAUUACUUUUUCCUCCUGCUUUUCUUACACUGUAGUUGUACCUGUGCAUGUGUUGCAGUUACACGGUUGUGCUCAAUGGCUUUACAACAAUUCCCCAUUAAAGUGCCUUUAUACAGUAUUCUGUAUCACACAGGGGUUGCCAAAUAAAAACUGUUCUUGUUUUGAA